AUGCCAUUGUGUUCUUCUUCCCCGUUCUUUUGGCCUGUAGCCGAACCUCGAACUCGUUCCUCCUUACGCCGAUUUGAUGAUUUUGGUGACUUUUUUAAUGUUCCAAGAACUGUUUCAAUUUAUUGGCCAACAUUGAAUGGAGCAUUUGAACAAAUUUUGAAUGAUGGAACUCAUCAAAUUAACGAUUUACUCGGCAACAUCCGUCAAACAGAUGAUUCCUUAUUCAAAUUUUCUUGUGAUGCUUCUGAUUAUCGACCUGGAGAAAUUGAAGUUAAAAUUGAUGGAGAAGAAUUAAUAAUUACUGCAGAACGUUCCUCCUUACGCCGAUUUGAUGAUUUUGGUGACUUUUUUAAUGUUCCAAGAACUGUUUCAAUUUAUUGGCCAACAUUGAAUGGAGCAUUUGAACAAAUUUUGAAUGAUGGAACUCAUCAAAUUAACGAUUUACUCGGCAACAUCCGUCAAACAGAUGAUUCCUUAUUCAAAUUUUCUUGUGAUGCUUCUGAUUAUCGACCUGGAGAAAUUGAAGUUAAAAUUGAUGGAGAAGAAUUAAUAAUUACUGCAGAACAUAAAAAAGAAGACGAACAUCAAUCAAUUCAUCGUUCAUUUACUCGACGUGUUCAAUUACCCAAAAAUAUUAAAAAGGAAACAAUUGAAUGCAGCGUUGAUUCUAAUGGACAAUUUAAUGUUACAGCGGAAUUAAUUAAACCGGAAAAGAAGCAAGAAGAAAAACAAAAAGCUAUUAAAAUUCCAAUUAAAAUUGUUGGAGAAAACGGAGAAAUUGAAGGGGAGAAGGCAAAAACGGCUGAACAAAAGGCCGAAGAAAAGAAGGAAGACGAAAAGGACUAG